AUGUUUACGACACUCCCAGAUUUUACGCCGCGAGAUUCGCACACUCUGUGGUACUCGUCCUCUAGGAAUCCCUUCAUCCCCCCCGGACCUGUCGAUAGCCUACACGCAGAUCCGAACAGCAGCCACCAUGGUCCAACGCAUUCGCGCCAGCGCGGGCAGAUGCUGGAGCGAACGCUGCUUGCACGCCUUGCCGCAGAUGAGCAUAAGAUGCAGCGACGCCGGAUGAACGUGCAGAACUUUGGCAGCACUUGGCUAAAACCUCCCGGAGUGCCAAAGACCUUGCACCAGAUGCGGGAGGAGAAGCGUGAACAAGAAGAGCACCAGGAAGCCAUGCGACGAGAGCAACUUGCUCAAGAGCUGGCCGAAGCCGAGGGUGGUGACACGAUGGAUGACGGCAUGAUGGAUGACGUCCAGCUCGACGGGGCGCAAGAUUUGGAUGACGAAAUCCCAGAUGCAGACGACGGCUUUGACCCAAGCAGCGAUGAUGGCGAGGAGAAUGAGGAUGAAGAUGGUGACGAAGAGGCAGAUGGGGAAGAGGAAGCAGAUGAAGAAGCUAUACGAGAGGAACGGCAGCAUGGCUUGGUGGCAGCCCGAAUAAGGAUGACGGAUGACACGUUCCGGGAAGCACUUCUCCAUGGUGACCCAGAAGUGGAUGGCAGCGUAUACGGCGAUGAUGAUGAAGAAUACGAAGAAGGGGAUCGAGAACAGAUUCUCGACGAGGUCGGCUUUCCCUACGAUGAUAACCUAAAUGAUGGCACGGCUGAUGACAUGGAUGCCGACCUCGACGAUGAUAUUCCCGAGGCUGAGGACGGUGGCUACGAGCACACCGACUCCGAGGCCGAUAUUAGCAGCUUUGUCCGAGGCGAAGAGCAAGAAGACGAAGAUGUGGACGUCGAGGACGAGGACGAAGCCAUAGAGGAGGAUGAAGAAGGUGAAGGUGAUACCACCGACACACACGACCUCAGCUUCAUGCCGGCGCGCGCUACACCCCUCGCCGCCCCUCCGUCCCCCACGUUGCCGCGCCAUAUGGGCUUCCGCGCGGGUCCCCGCCCAAGCAUCGACCUGAGUGCACUGCUGUCGCAGGACGAGAGCAGCAUGAUGAUGAUGGAGAGUAGCCCUGCGGUGAUGAUGAGGAGAAGGCCGGGCCAGAGGAAGUAG